AUGCUCUGGAGACUCGUGAUAUUGCUAUUCGUCAUCGCGCGGCCAGCCGAGAGUUCCUUCAAUCUCUUCCUCAGCUUCGCGGAGGUUCACAAGCUACUGGGAUUGGAUGGAGAAUUAUUUUACGUCAGAGAAGGAACCGUAAAUGAGUAUGCUAUGAAAUUCGUUGUUCCUGUACCAGCGAUAAUUCAGAAGCUCCAUUUCACAUGGGAAAAUCUCGCUGGUAGACCGCUGCCAUAUACGAUGUUCGUGGAUAUCAGCAAUCCUACGGCGUUGAGUAGUUCUUUAAACAUUUCCCACAUCGGCGAGAUACCAGUCGGUGGUUUACAAACAUGGGCCUUAUCGUUGCACUGCGGGCCCUACAAUGCAGAGGUCGACCUCAGUCUCCGAAUUAACGUCUCGGUAUCAAGAAAGAACACGACCAGCUUGGAGUUUAAGCGAAAAAAAAUUUGUAUGAACUUGAAAGAGACUCUCACUGAGCCUGAAGAGGUCUUAGUCGCUGCUCCUGAUUCCACUUCCGGCGGUCAGAUUUUCUACGUGGCAAUUGGUUGCGCUUGUGCGUUCAUGGCAGCUAUUUUCGUUUUGAUUAUAAUCUACUAUGUGCGUGAUAAGAAGACUAGGAGACAUCGAGAUCCUCUUCAGGAAUCCAGAGGACUCAGCUCAGCGUGCAGUAUGGAAAGAGGCACUGGAGUGGGACCUGCGCAAACUUUUCUGUCACCAGAGACACCUCCACCUACUUCUGCUGCGUCGGGAUCAUCUUAUAGAAGAUUGGAUGAUCGUUCUAAUAGAGAACUUCAUGAAAGAAUCCAAGAAAUCACCGUACAAAGAUGUAGAGUGCGUCUGCUUAGUGUUGAAUUGGAGGGAACGUUUGGACGCGUGUACAGAGGCAGUUACCAUGAAGAAGGCGCUUUAACUCCGAAGGACGUAUUGGUGAAAACUGCUGCCGAGCACGCAUCUCAAUCACAAGUUGCUCUUCUAUUACGAGAAGGUUUAGCUUUGUAUGGACUCAGUCAUCCAGCAUUACUUCCGGUCCUCGGUGUUUCCAUCGAGGACAGAAGCGCGCCUUUUCUGCUGUACCCACACACGGGUUACAAAAAUAUGAAAAGAUUUCUAUUAAGGUGCAAGUUCAGUAACGAAGGGCCUCCGAGGGCUCUUACAACACAGGAAGUCGUCGAAAUGGCACUUCAGGCUGCUAAAGGUGUACAAUACCUUCAUAGAAAGAGGCUCGUUCAUAGAGAUUUAGCUGCCAGAAAUUGCGUAGUGGACGAUGACUUGAGAGUGCAGAUUACGGAUAAUGCCUUGGCUAGAGAUCUGUUCCCACAAGAUUAUCACUGCCUCGGCGAUAACGAAAAUCGCCCUAUUAAAUGGCUAGCAAUAGAAAGUUUACUCAAUAAGAACUUUACCACAGCCUCUGACGUGUGGGCAUUCGGUGUUUUAUUGUGGGAGCUAACGACGUUGGCGCAACAGCCUUAUGGAGAAGUAGAUCCAUUCGAAAUGGCAUCCUAUCUCCGAGAGGGAUACAGACUGGCACAACCAAUAAAUUGCCCGGACGAGUUGUUCGCAGUGAUGGCAUAUUGUUGGGCGAUGUCAGCAGAAGAGAGGCCAACAUUCAGUCAAUUAAUUAUUUGUUUACAAGACUUUCACACUCAGUUAACGCGAUACGUUUAA